UGUCGAGUGGCGACGAUCAUCGUAUUUUCUGUGCAGAAUUAAGCUUGGAGUUUGGUAAAUGAAGAUGUUAAUGAAGCCUCCUUCCAUACUCGCCAUUACCGCGCUUCUCCUGUGGAUUGUUUGUAUAAGUCAAAGCGCUGACGAAGAAGAGUGGCUCCAUGACAAUAUUCAAGGGCUUUCAGAGAACGAUAGUUUUGGGCCCGUGGUCCAUCCUUGUUUCAACACCACUAAGAAUCAAACCGUCACCACUCCGGAAGGUCAAAAAAUCCUCUGUUUGGUACCUUCUGAGGAUGACCUGGUGAAGGACCUUGAAGCGUUGGGCGGGUUCAACAGGCGUUAUACGGCCGUCACCAAAGAACAAGUGGACAUGUACUUUGAGGAUCCUUUCAAAACUGACUCAAAGCCGAUCGAAUGGGAAAGUAAAUUCACUGGAAAACGCCGCCGUUCCAUACAUGAAAACGAAGAACGCUCCGCCAGCGAUGAAACGCUUGAACGAAAAAAAAGAAGUGUGAGCGUAGGUGUUCAGAAAUGCGAAAAGAAGGCCACUAGAACAUCUGAGAACUUCUAUCAACUCUGUGAUGAAUGUUGGUAUAUCACACAGCUGCCGCCGAAUAAGUUUCCUCGGUACAUCAACGAAAAAAUUUGUGGCACAACUGGCGCAUCCCUGAUGGAUAUCUGUGCCGGUAAUACAGGCUUUUGUAUCCAAAAAGAAAUUAUCCAAGAUCUCCUUAUCCAGACCAACCAGUAUGAAAAGAUUCCGUCACCUGAUCCUCAGUACAGCGUGGUCUACAAGCAAGUCUGGAAGCCAUUCAGUCAGAAAAUCAGAAGCUGCUGCCAGUGUCAGUCCUUUACGCCGUAGUCU